AUGGGCAAUGCGCCACCGAUUUCGCCGGAGCAGCUGAAGGAGCUGCGAAGCAAGUAUGACAAGGACGGCAACGGCGACCUCUCCUGGGAGGAGUUUCAGGCUCUGGCCUUGGAGGUGGGUGAGCUGCAGGGCCUCAAGCAGCCUGUGAGCGAAGAGAAGUUGCAAAAGAUUUUCAAAGGCCUCGACAAAGACUCGAGUGGCUCCGUGAAUUUCCAGGAGUUUGAGUCGGCACAUGCCUUGCUCCAAGCACAACUCCAAGCAGCUGCAAAAGCCAAAGCGAAGGCCAAAGCCGCUGGCAAGGCGAAGGCAGAUGCGAAGCCCAAAGCCAAGGGCAAGGCCAAGGCAACACCCAAGCCAAAGGCAGCACCUGACAAAGAAGACGAGCCGGUGCCAGAAGUGCAGGAUGGACAGGUCUCCAUCUUCGAUUCUCUGCCGGGCUUUGGUUCUUUUGUGCCCAGUGGGGUAUCGAACCUCUUCGCUGAAGACACACGGGUGCCGGUUGCGAAAGCGAUUCCGACGCCCAAGAAGACCAAGCCACCGCCCCUGCCCGAGGCUGCACCCCCUCCACUCUCCUCGCAAGUCCCAUGGUCUAUGCAGCUCAAGUCUGCGGACCCUGACUGGUACGACCCGGACGAUGCAGAGUAUUCCGGGCCUGACGAUUUCCCAGACAUCGGGGAAGCGCCAGCGGCACCCAAAGCCCAGGCCGAGGCCAAAGCCGAGGCGAAAGCCCAAGCACCCGGACCCAAGGCCCAGGCCAACCCGAAAGCCCAGGCGGAUGCCAAGGCCAACCCGAAAGCCAAGGCAAAGCCGAAGGCCAAGGUCAAGCCCAAAGCCAAGGCGAAGCUCGGAGCGACCCCGAAGGUCCCGGGAGCACCCGCCCCGAAAGGUCGCGCGGAGGGCGUCUCUGCAGUGCAGGGAGUCACCGAGGACGUCUUCUCCUCCCCGAUCCAUCGAAGGGAGGCCGUGGCCCACCCACCGGAGAAGCGGGACCCGAGGCCCAUCCGGGCUUUUCAGACCCCCGGGGGCUUGGAUCUCAUCGAGCAGGCCCCGGAAGUGCUUUCCGAGCCCGAGUCUCAAGAUUCAGUCGACUCCAUUUCUGGCGAAGUGGCCCGCUCUUGGGAUCCUACAGCCAAGGACGUCCGGUACACCUACGCACGCGAUCGAGCAGUGGGAUUUUCUGAGUUUUGGCGACCCCUGAGAUGGACCCCGGAAGAGUGGGAACGUCGACUCAUUGCAUCGGGGAAUCUCCGGAAACGGGGAGGAAUUGGUGUGAUGAAACAUGGGAAGGCUGAAGCGGAGUCUCGGCCAGUUGUCGAAGCUCGAGCAGAGCCAGAAGAGCCAGACACGGAACCCGAGGACCUGAUUGCACCGCCGAAGCAGAAGCCCCGCUCGCAAUAUCCGCUGGCGACAGAAGUGAAGCCAAAGUACAUUGACAUGCCGCUGAGUGGUUUGAAGGACGCAGCUGCUGAGGGAGCAGUUCACACCCUCCGCAAAUCGGCGAAGCAGCCGGCAUUGCCAUCCUUCGGCAACUUGGAUGAUGAGCUCUUGAACAGCAGUCCGGCACCCCGCCAGCCAGUACGUCCCGGAGAACCUUUGGUGCCUCUGGGUGCCGCUGUCCAGGGGUCUCGCCUGCAACCAUCCGGAGGCGAAUCGUCCAGGAGCCCUCGGGCGGACGCGCCCAGUUUCGGCUACCCUGCUGCGACGGCUGGGGCAAAGGAGUGGCAGCCUCCUGCUCCUCUGUACUCCAGCGGGCUCUCUCCGAGAACUCAGAGGCCGUUGAUGCAGGAGGUUGGCGUUCCUGGAGCAGAGCAUCACGCCUCAGCACGUCUUCUAGGUACCGACUACGGUGACAAGCCUGGCCGAACCUGGUUGUGA